CAGCUCGUGACUUACGUAGUAGUAGAGCACCGGCGUAGCUUUCUUAUCGCAACGUUCUUGUGAUCCACGUGUUUUCUAGUUUAUAAUCAACAGGGUGUGCCGUUAACCUAGCUCGGAGGAGAACUCUUCCCUCAGAAAUCAAGUCCGACCCCAUGGCUAAUGCUCUUCACCCUCUCCCCAUCUACGGUAUCACCGUCGAUUUUAGCAAGUUGAAAACGAAUAGAGAAUCUGCUGAAGUACGGAUUGGCAAAUUCAAUUCGCCAAUUAAACGCGCAGAAGGAAAGAGUUUAUGCGAGACGUUUUCUCCACCCAUAAUGUUUUCUCGCGGGGAUAUAUUUUCCUUACAUGUGCGGUACAAGGCACGUUUUGUGAUGAAGACCAAAGACAUUACUCUCGAUCCAGAUGACAUUUUCCUGGCAACUGGUGGACAAGAAUACAUCAAGUUGUAUAAAAAAAUCCGGAUCGUUGUCAACCUUUCCGGCAAUACCUCAACUAAAGCUGAACAGGCUGCCUCUUCCGGCCAAAGCUCUGGGCUCCUACCUACUACUUCCGCCAUAUUUGAGAAGUGUCCUCGGUUCCGAAUUCUGGUAAUGGGAAAGGUAGGUGUUGGGAAGUCAUCCCUGAUCGACCACGUAUUUGGAGUAGACAAACAACAAAUCAUCGAGCACAAUAAGCCAGGCGAGGCUAUCAUCGACAAGGAGUUCACCUCACCUGAGAACGACAGGUUCGUUCUCCACGAUAGCAAAGGUUUCGAACCAGGGGAAGUAGAAAACCUCACAAUAGUCCGAAAAUUUAUCGAACGUCGGAGGAACAUGCCGGAUUUGAAAGAUCAGCUGCAUGCUGUUUGGCUUUGCUUUCAGAUACCCCAUGCAGGCGGACGUCUACUAGAGACAGGAACGGAGGAUUUCUUGAAUCGAAACGUGAUGGAACCUGGGGAACGUUGUGUCAAUCAGCAUCUUGCACCCGAGGCCGCGGUGAUGACCUCCGUCGCUCAGCGAGUGCAUCCUGGACUCAAAAUAGAUGCAUUAAUUAAGAUUGGCAAACAAAGAUACUGGAAGGCGCUCUCAUCAUGUCCAAUGUUCAAAAAACACCAGAUGCAGGAUUGUCUACGCGUGCUUCAUAACGACAUCAUCGAUGUGUGGAACUUCCGUGACCCUCAUCAUUACUUGCGCAGCCAAGAGUUCAGGGAUUUGAUGAUGAAAAUGACCGAUAAGACACAAGCUGGAUCUACAGCUAAUCCCAACACGACCUUGAAAUUUGGGUUAUCCAUGGUUGGCACUAUUGCGGGCAUCGUGUCCGCAUUAGCGGGACCUGCAGCUCCCAUCGUAGUACCAAUCGCAGCAGGCGCCGUGGUCGUCGUAUGGGUUCGCGAUGUAUACAAGAUGUCUCACGUGGUGCUUCAGCGCUUCAUGGCCUACAUUAUGCACUUGACACUUGUGUUGCAGACACUUUUUAUCGUGUCAGAAAGCCGGGAACUCACUCGUAGGGCCAUCAAGCUCGCAGUCAAAUCCUACUCCGCCUCCUCAAUAAGCGAAGAGGUUCUUACUCGGAUUCAGGAUUAUGUUGGGGGAUUGGCUGUCUUGGAACACGCGGAUAAGGACACCUUGGACAAAAUCGAAGAGAUGAUGCAAUUUUACAAGAUCGAUGGGGCACAAAUCACCGAACUUGCAGCACAAAUGUCCAACCUUCAGACAAAUAUUUAUUUGUUACCAGACGAACCAUGGUAAAUCGAGAAGUCGUAGCACUCGAUUGUUUCUUUCUUGGAUGGUUUGGGCGUGGGCGGUGUUCGAGUGUUGACGCGAUUACAGACAGUGCUCGCUUGUACUAUACAACUGGAUUUACUAUACCCGAUCGUAACAAUGUAACCUAUGCUCUACUGUGUUCUAUGUACUUAGUGCUGCUAGAUUUUACUCGAGCCUCCAACGUGC